GCGGACAUUUUUUUUUUACUCUUUUCCGUAAAUUCUAGUUGAGUAGAAAAGGCCCUCAGACUUCUCUAAAUUUUCACAUCUUCCCCCUCCUACAAACCCUAGAUAGAAUCUUAACUUCGAUCAAUUUCGUUUGAUCAAUAAUCCGUCUAUUAACACUUGCAAUUUCAUCAACUUUGGUGAAACAAAUGACAUCUUUAUAAGAUUUGAUCCAAAUUAUAGCUGUGGAAUGGGCACAAGUAGAGUAUUACCCAUAAUUUUCACAUUAUUAAUUGUUUCAGUUACUUCAAACGCAAAAGUAUCUAAUUCCAGGAAGUUAGUUGAUUUGGCUCCAACACCAAGCACCAAUUCAUCUUCUCAACCGAUUUCUCCGUCAAAUGCUCCAGUCGAGAGUGAAAAGGAAGUCAAUGCCAGCACAGUUAAUGAUAAGAAGUCUGAAAUCGGAAAAGAUAAUCCUGAAAAUCCCAAGGUAAACAAUGAUCCACCGAAAACCAGCCCAGAGGAAGUAAAUUCAACUAUAGUCAAUGAUGGGAACUCACAAACUGAAAAACAAAAACCUAAAGAUCCUCAAGUAAGCAAUGAUGCACCUAAAGAUUCGAUGGACCAGAAUUCAACUCUAGUCAAUGAUGGAGGUUCAAAAGCUGAAAGUGAACAGCCUAAAGAUCCUCAAGGAAGCAAUGGUCCAACAAAGGUCGAUUCAAAGGAAUCAAAUUCCACUGAUGUGAAUGGUGGGAGCUCUAAAGCUGAAAAAGAGAAGCCUAAAGAUCCUCAGCCACAGGGAAGCAAUGACUCACCAAAACUGGCUCCGGAUGACUCUAAAAAUGAUAACAACGUGACUGCUGAAACUCCUCCACCUGUUGAGAAGAAGGAGAAUGAAGAAAAGAAGAACAUAGAUGACACAAUAAACUCGGAAGUGAACACCAAUGAGAGCUGUCAGGAGGCAACGAAACUGUGCAGGAUUGAACAAACACUGGUGGCAUGCAUUCGGAUGCCCCAGAAUGGAUCUACUGAGUUGUUCCUUGUGGUGCAAAAUGAAGGGGAAAAAAGAGUGAAAGUAAAUCUCAAUAUCCAACCUCCGCUAGAUGGUUCUCCACAAGGUUUUGAAAUACGCAAACAUCAAUCGGAAAAGAUCGAUAUUUCAUCAAUCUUGGGCAAAGGUGCUGAAAUAGUGCUGAAUGCUGGAGAUGGUAGGUGCAGGCUUCAAUUGGACCGACGUGUUUCUGUAGAGAACAUUCUGCAGCAGGUGUCUCUUUAUUCUAAGCGUGUGACCCCCAUCUAUGGUGCAUAUUUCAGUUUCCUUGUAGCCCUACUUUUUGGCGGGACAUGGGCUUGCUGCAAGCUAAGGAAGAAGAGAAAUCAAGAUGGAGUUCCAUAUCAGGAAUUAGAGAUGGGAAUGCCGGAAUCUACCUCAGCUGCAAAUUUUGUUGCAGCAGAUGGUUGGGAUCAGGAUUGGGAUGACGAUUGGGAUGAGGAGAAUGCAGUGAAGUCACCAGGUGGACGUAGCUACGGAAACAUCUCUGCUAAUGGCCUCACGUCUAGGUCAACUAAAAAGGACGGAUGGGAAAAUGACUGGGAUGAUUAGUUAUAGAAUAUCCAAGAAAUCCACGGAAGAGCUAAAUGUGUAAAGACCUUUUUGUAAUUUAAAUCUUCAGUUUUGUCUUUACAGAUGUGGAUAUUCUUUCUCUUAGCACAUUCUUUUGACAGUAGUUCUUUGGCUUAGCUACUACAGUAUGUUGUUACAUAUGUAUUUUCAUUGUUGGAGCGAUUUUUGUACACGAUGUUGAGUGAUCCUUUAAUUGAAGUGAAUAUAACAACUUAUACA